AUGCCAACCGAAAGCGAGCGGAAAAGCCGUCAAGAAGGCCGGCAAGGCCAGAAGAACAUCACCAAGGGCGACAAGAAGAAGAAGCGCAGGAGGAAGGAGAGUUAUGCCAUCUACAUCUACAAGGUGCUGAAACAGGUCCACCCCGACACCGGCGUCUCCAGCAAGGCCAUGUCCAUCAUGAACAGCUUCGUGAACGACAUAUUCGAGCGCAUAGCCGCCGAAGCUUCCCGCCUGGCCCACUACAACAAGCGGUCGACCAUCACGUCGCGGGAGAUCCAGACCGCCGUCAGGCUCCUGUUGCCCGGCGAGUUGGCCAAGCACGCCGUGAGCGAGGGUACCAAGUGCCGUGACCAAGUACACCAGCUCCAAGUAAGCCGGCCAGCGCCCAGCGCAACGAGCGAGCCCGCUCCGCACAAACGGCCUUUCUAA